GCCGGGCUCAGAGCGCAGCUGGUCUCGGGGUUCGGCUGGCGGCGAGGGACUGAGCGGGGCACGGACCGGGCCAUGGCGCUGCUGCCGCUGCUGGUGCUGCUGGGGGCUGCGGCCAUCCAGGGGGGCUACGCCAACCCAGGCCCAGGCCCGCACUCGCUGCGCUAUUUCUACACGGGGGUGUCGGAGCCCGGCCCGGGGCUGCCCGAGUUCAUCACGGUCGGGUACGUGGACGAGCAGCUGUUCAUGGACUACGACAGCGAGCGGCGGAGCGCGGAGCCCCGCGCGGAGUGGGUGAAGGGCGCCGUGGACGCGCAGUACUGGGCGCGGGACACGCAGAUCUCCCAGGGCUGGCAGGCCGGGUUCCGAGCGAACCUGAACACGCUGCGCGGGCGCUACAACCAGAGCGGGGGAUUUCACACUCUCCAGCAUAUGUACGGCUGUGAGCUCCGGGAGGACGGCUCCACCGGGGGGGUGAUUCAGUAUGGCUACGAUGGGCGAGACUAUAUCAGCCUGGAUAAGGAGCGGGAGACCUGGGUGGCGGCGGAUGACGGGGCUCAGGUCACCAAACGAAAAUGGGAGGCUGACAGGAGCAUCGCUCAGAGAGAGAGAGCCUACCUGGAGCAGGAGUGCAUCGAGUGGCUGGGGAAGUACCUGGAGUACGGGAAGGAGACGCUGCAGAGGAGAGAGCCACCGCGGGUGCAGGUGAGCGACCGGCCGAGCCGGGACGGGCUCACCACCCUCUCCUGCCGCGUCCACGGCUUCUACCCGCGGAGCGUGGCCGUCGUGUGGCUGAAGAAGGGGGUGGCCGUGCCGCAGGAGACAAACCGUGGGGAUGUGCUUCCCAGUGGGGACGGGACCUACCAGACCCGGGCCACCAUCGAGAUCGACCCCAGCAGUGAGACCGAUUAUACCUGCUGCGUGGAGCACCCCAGCCUGGCGCAGGAUCUGAGAGUGCCCUGGGCGCCCAAGUCCAAUGUGAUGCUGAUCGUGGGUGUCGUUAUCGGGGUUCUCGUGCUGGUCGCUGCCAUCGCUGGAGCCGUUGUCUUCCUCAGGAAGAAGAACAGCGGCUACAAAGCAGCUGCAGCUCACGAAGGCUCCUCCACCUCCGGAAGCAACCAGGGAUCGGACACCUGCGUCAAGGCGUAACGGAGCCCGUCGGCCCCUGCGCAGCCGGCUGGGGGAUCCCAGACACGAGAAACUGGAGCAGAUCAGGCUCCUGGGAAUGCAACAGCUCAUCAGCACCUUCCACAACCUGCUUAAAGCCUUUGCCUUGAUUGUACCCGAGCUAAACGCCCGGCUGUGAGAGAACUGAGCUCUCUGUGGCUGCAGACUGGCUGGGAUGGUCGGGGCCGCUUAGUGUUUGAUUGCUACAGAACUGUCUUGUUUUAAAACUUAAAUCAAUGAGGAUCUUGUUUGUAUAGAAAAAUAACCAGCAUUGGCUGGAGUGAAUUGUUAGCGAUGGGCUGUACCCAGCACACACUGUUCUGUUUGCUUUGAUUGUAACUUAGCCCGUUUUCUGUUUCCGCGGUGAUUACGGUAUUAAGAUGAUGUUCGUUUUUGCUGCUGCAGCUUCCUGUGUAAUGGCCUGAAUCCUGCUGUCAGGGCACUGGUCACCCCAAUGUCAGGCCUUGUCUACAUUGCGAUUUGCACCACUGUAACUACAGAGGUGUGAGUUUGAAGUGGGCUAGUUAAAUCCCUGUGUGGACACUGAGUCUGGUGUAAGACAGGGCUUCUUUUGAUUUAAACUGAUUCCCAAAUGACUUAAGCGACACCAGAAAAAGCCACCUCUUCUCCCAGGAUCAGUGUCCCCUAACUGAUCUGGUGCACGUUUGCGUGUAGACAAAGCCUGCGCUGGCACCGAUUCUGCUCCCAAAUGGGUUGAUUUUGUGUGUGACGGAUGAGAUGUAAUUUUUUUUUGCUUAAGAUUUUAAAACCAGUUUUAAAUAGUAACGUUCUGUCUCUUGGCAAUUUUCAUUUGGACACAAUAAAUGUAGGUUUGGGGUUUUAAUCUCUC